AUGUCGACGUCGAUUAUCCGUACCAUCAAGAAUAUCUAUCAUUCUGGCUUCAAAAGAGCCGCUUGGCAAAUCCACUCCCACAACGAUACCAAGAGAGGUUGGCUCGUGGGUACCGAUGACUGGGGUAACAAGUACUACGAGACCGAUGUCCCUGAGGAAAUCCACAUGAGAACCAGAUGGGUUGAAUACAACGACUGGAACGUGGACAUGUCGAAUGUCGAGCCAGGCUGGCAUUACUGGUUGGGCUAUGGUACCAACACCCCACCUAACCGUUUGCCAGAGGACCAGGCUGCCUCAAGAGCCUAUCCUUUAAAGAAGCACCAGGGCAACGUCACGAACACUUCAGGUGCAUUUGUAACAUACAACACGGCUAAACCUAAGCACCAGGCAUGGGCUCCAGAGGUCAGGGAGAGAGUUUAA